UUUUAGGGUUUCUGUAACAAUUUUGCGAGAAAGUCUCGAAUUCUCUCCGUCGAAGUCGAACCAUGGACAAACUCAAGAUGGCAUAUGACCCCGAUAAUAUUACAUACGUCUUAUGGAACUUGGAGGAUUACCCAGUCUCUGAUGGUGCCGAUCUUGGCUCUAUUCGUCGUAAUAUCGAAGAAGCUCUUGAUCUAAUGGGCAUUCAUGGAAGCAUGGAUAUCCUGGCGUUUGGUGACCAACUGAAGUCCCCUAGAGCUGAGUUGUCGGAGCUCGGAAUCGACAACUUUUUACCAGAACCUUUAUCGGGUAACAAUUCGGCAGCCUUCAAACUGCCUGCGCAAAUGAUUGGUUGCUCUGGUGAAGGAUCAAGAGUUUGGGUAAUCGCAAAACAACAAGGCCCAGGAAGUGAGUUGUACAGGGUUCAGCAGUGUUUGGCAUCGAGAAACUACACUAUUCUCGUAAUAGAUGACGACGACACCACAGGAGUAAGUCCAGUUGAUUCUGUACAAUCACUAUUUAAACGUACACGAUCUUUUGGUGGAGGAAAGCCCCAAGAAGUCGGCUUAUAUUGAUGAGAAUACCGAGUCUAAGUGGGCUGAGUGUCUGGGGCGUAACAAGACGUGGGAAUCCAGAAUCUACUUCCUUCCCGGAGGGGCCUCGAGACGUAAUAGAAUGUUAAACGACAUGCUUUUAUUGUAUAGCGAUUUUGAUCAUCAGGGCCUUCAGCCUACAAAUUGGAUGGUAGUCUCAGCUCAAUUCAGAGAGAGCCAGUUCUUUGCGGUUGGCUUUACCAUUUGAAUUGGACCGUCUUGCACGAUGUUAUCAUGUUUAAUCCGAAUCGGGUGGGCAUCAAUCCAGAAACCUCUGAAUGGCUAGGAUUGCUAUUUGUUCAAGUAGAAACUGUUGAACGCCCACGAAGCAAAUUGGUUGUUGAUGAUUGCCCUGCAGGAAGCGAAAGCUCAGAACCUUGUCCCAAAAAGCAUAAACUGGAUGCUGCGGAGUCGGGAUCGCCAGAGCUGAUGCUCUCUGAUUAUGUGGACUAGCUGCUUCUGUGUUGUAGCCGGUGGUUGUAAAAGGGAGAGUAAAAAAAGUUACUUUAGAAAAUGGUAAGCUCAUAGGAGAGUAACAAUAUCUUCUCACAUAGUAGAACUACCCCAAUAGCAGAAUGUGCCUUCUUGUAAUUAGAAAGACAAAAUGUGUCUUUUUCUGUAAUUAUUUCUGAAUUACAUUAAAAAACACUUUCUCCAGUUUAUAUAACAAAA